AUGAAACCAUUAGAGAAGAGUAGAGGAGUGAAGAGGAUCUUUGUGAUCACAGAUGCCUGCUGUAUUUCCGAGACAAUGGAGCACACAAUAUUGAAACUUCUUGUUUUUAUCGGUUUGUCCAUCCCACCGGUCUAUCAAAAGCCAACAACCUUGUUCUUCUUUGUGUCAACGCCCAAAACCUUCACUGAUGCUCAACUAUACUGCAGACAGACGUACACAGAUCUAGCAACUAUUGAAAACAAGAACGAUCUGAAAAAACUUCAAACAAGCAUCUCAUAUAUUCUUGCAUGGAUCGGGCUGCAGCAAACGGAUCAUCCUCUCUGGCACUGGGCACUCUCUGACAGUGAAUUUUAUGAUGAGGGAGAGACUGAAUACAGAAACUGGUCACCUGAAGAGCCAGACAGUGUCCUCAAUAAAGACUGUGUGGUGAUGAAUGACAAGGGAGACUUUAAUAGUGCCUACUGCACAACUAACUUGCGUUUCAUAUGUUAUGAUGGAAACAACCUUCAACAGAAAUACAUCUUAAUCAAUUUAUUAAGGACAUGGAGAGAUGCCCAGAGUUACUGUAGACAGUAUCACACAGAGCUGGUCAGUGUGAGGAACCAGGAGGAGAACCUGCAGAUCCAGCAUCUGAUACCAAAAGGAACUCUAGUGUAUAUCGGCCUUUUUCAAGACCCUUACGUUUGGUCUGAUAACAGCAAUUCUUCAUUCAGAAACUGGAAUUUGGGUCAGCCUGAUAAUUAUGGCGAAUGUAUUACAGUAAAUGAGAACGAUCUUUGGACCCUCAGUAAUUGCAAUGUUGAAAGACCGUUUUUCUGCUAUGCCACAUAUGUGAAGAAACAGAUCCUGAAAGUGGAGCUGAAGUCUGCUCUGAAUGUGAACGAUUCCACAAUGAAGACGGCCAUCUUAGCCAAGAUUCAGCAAACACUGAUCGAACAGGGCUUUUCAGAAGACGUCACUUUGACAUGGAGGAAGCAACAAGAUGAACAAAUCUUCCAGAAGAUGAAAACAUUUGUUGCUAUAAGUAAUAACGAGAGCUCUUCUUGCUUCUGAACUCAUCUUUGCACUUGGAGGAAAAUGUCUAUAAAAUCAUUUAAUGCUUAUUUGGUUUUAGGGAACUGAACAGAAAACUGUAUUUCUGAAUUAAUAAAUUACGCUGAACAAUUUUACAAGUAUAUUUCCUUAAAUUAGCAUUAGACACUUUUAUAGUUAUACAUGUUAAUUUACUUAUCGUAAAUGUUGUUUUAGACUUUCACUAUUGCAUUUGUUUUCCUUAAGAAUAAACAUCUGUGUGAACGUUAAUAUUCUCCAUUAAUCAACUUCUUAUGGAGUUUUGUGUUCCUUCAGUUGCCUUCAGUUUGCUCACUGGGGUUAUUAAUACAUUUAUUAUUUUAUUAUUUAGUUUCUAUACACAUUUUAUAAUCAUAUGUAAUCAAACCACACAAUGAUCACUGUAAGACAUUAUACAUAUUACAGUUUCAUUUUGUGUUAAUGCCUGAUUUCCUGUAAAGCUGUUUUGAAACAAUGUGUAUUGUGGAAAGCGUUACACAAAUAAAA